CGCCGCCUCACUUUCCGGAUCCCCCCGCUGCCGCCCUCCCCGGGGGCUCGGAGCCCGCUGCCCUCCGGCCGAGCCAGGAGCCGGGAACCCAGUUGCCAAGUGAUAUGGGAGGCAGACGAAUGACGAGGAGAGCCUCUCGGAUUUCCUUCUAGCAGACGGAGAUUUAGGGCGAGGGGAGGACCGGUCCGAACGUCGCCAUCACCAUGUCUGGAUCUACCCAGCCCGUGGCACAGACCUGGAGAGCCACCGAGCCCCGCUACCCACCCCAUGCCAUUUCCUACCCAGUUCAGAUCGCCCGGCCACACGCGGAUGUCGGGCUGUUAGAAUAUCAGCAUCAUUCUAGGGAUUACACCUCCCAUCUGGCCCCUGCGUCUAUUAUCCAGCCCCAGAGGAGACGACCUUCACUGUUGUCAGAGUUUCAGCCAGGAAAUGAGAGGUCACAGGAGCUCCAUCUGAGGCCAGAGGCCCAUUCCUACCUGCCCGACUUGAGCAAGUCAGAAGUGGAGUUCAUCGAAACAAAGCGGCCCCGGCUGGAAGUCCUGCAGGAUCCGUUGCUGCGCCACUCUCCCCUGCUCAGCCAGAGCCAGCACGGCCCAACUGAGGACCUUACCAAGGAUCGAGGCCUGGCUGGGAAGCUGGAGCCCGUGUCCCCCGUCAGCCCUGCCCAUGCCACCUCAGAGCUGGAUCUGCUGCCGUCCAGGCUGUCCAAAGAGGAGCUCAUCCAGAACAUGGACCGCGUGGACCGAGAAAUCACCAUGGUGGAGCAGCAGAUCUCCAAGCUGAAGAAGAAGCAGCAACAGCUGGAAGAAGAAGCUGCUAAGCCCCCAGAGCCCGAGAAGCCGGUGUCCCCACCACCGAUCGAGUCCAAGCAUCGGAGCUUGGUGCAGAUCAUCUAUGACGAGAACCGGAAAAAGGCCGAAGCUGCCCACAGGAUUCUGGAAGGCCUCGGUCCCCAAGUGGAGCUGCCGUUAUACAACCAGCCCUCAGAUACCAGGCAGUAUCAUGAAAACAUUAAAAUAAACCAGGCAAUGCGGAAGAAGUUAAUUUUGUACUUUAAGAGGAGAAACCAUGCUCGGAAACAGUGGGAACAGAAGUUUUGCCAGCGGUAUGACCAGCUGAUGGAAGCCUGGGAAAAGAAAGUGGAGCGCAUUGAAAACAACCCUCGGCGCCGGGCAAAAGAGAGCAAAGUGCGAGAGUACUAUGAGAAGCAGUUCCCAGAGAUCCGGAAGCAGAGGGAGCUGCAAGAGCGCAUGCAGAGCAGGGUAGGACAGAGGGGCAGCGGGCUCUCCAUGUCAGCUGCACGCAGUGAACACGAAGUGUCUGAGAUCAUCGAUGGACUCUCGGAGCAGGAGAAUUUGGAGAAGCAGAUGCGUCAGCUGGCCGUGAUCCCUCCCAUGCUUUACGAUGCAGACCAACAACGCAUCAAGUUCAUCAACAUGAAUGGGCUCAUGGAUGACCCGAUGAAAGUCUACAAGGACCGGCAGGUCAUGAAUAUGUGGAGUGAGCAAGAGAAGGAGACAUUUCGGGAAAAGUUCAUGCAGCACCCCAAGAACUUUGGUCUGAUCGCCUCGUUCCUAGACAGGAAGACGGUGGCGGACUGUGUCCUCUAUUACUACCUGACCAAGAAGAAUGAAAACUACAAGAGCCUAGUGAGACGUAACUAUCGUCGGCGUGGAAAGAAUCAGCAGCAACAGCAGAUGCCCCGGGGCAGCCAGGAGGAGAAGGAGGAGAAAGAAAAGGAAAAGGAGAAGGAGACGGAGAAGGAAGAAGACAAGCAGGAGGCCGAGAAUGACAAGGAAGAGCUGAUCAAGGAGAAGAACGACGACACCUCCGGAGAGGACAACGACGAGAAGGAAGCCGUCACCUCCAAAGGCCGGAAGACAGCCAAUAGCCAGGGCCGGCGGAAGGGCCGCAUUACGCGCUCGAUGGCCAACGAGGCCAACAAUGAAGAAGCAGCGGCCCCCCAGCACAAUGCUGAGCUGGCUUCUCUGGAGAUGAACGAGAGCUCGCGUUGGACGGAGGAAGAAAUGGAAACGGCUAAAAAAGGUCUCCUGGAACAUGGACGGAACUGGUCGGCCAUUGCCAGGAUGGUGGGCUCCAAGACCGUGUCGCAGUGUAAGAACUUCUAUUUCAACUACAAGAAGAGGCAGAAUUUGGAUGAAAUCCUGCAGCAGCACAAGCUAAAAAUGGAAAAGGAGAGGAACGCCAGGAGGAAGAAGAAAAAAACACCAGCCACACAGAAUGAGGAGGUGCCGUUCCCUCCUGUGGCCGAAGAUGAGGAGAUGGAGGCCUCAGGGAUGAGCGGCAAUGAGGAGGAGAUGGCGGAGGAAGCGGAGGUUUUACAACUUUCUGGCAAUGAGCUGCCCAGAGUUGAAUGCGGUGGCCCAGCCACGGUGAACCACAGUUCGGACACCGAAAGCAUUCCAUCCCCAAGAACCGAGGCUAAAGAUGGCAGCGAGAGCAAGCCGAAGCCCGCCACGGGCCCGGGGAGCGAGGUGGGGACAGGCACCUCCGCCAAGGCCGAGGAUGCGGCAACUGCCACUGCGGCUGCUGCUCCUGCUGCUGCCGCCACCACCACUGCUGCUCCUGCUGCCGCUGCUCCUGCCGGGACCACCAUCUCCACCCCCGCCACCAGCCCCUCCCCAGCCCCUGCCGCCGCUGCCGCCCCCAACAACGCUGCCACCGACCCUGCCCAGCAGGCCCCGGAGGGUGAACCCCAAGCCUCUGCGGAAGCCAAGGCACCUGAGGAUCUGGUCGUGGAUGUGGUGAAGACGGAGGACCCGGCCAGCGGGGGAGGAGAGGAGCCCGCCAAGAAGGAGGCAGCGGCAGAGGACCGGGAGGAGGAGCAGGAGGAGGUUGGCCCGGAGAAGACGACCAAGGGCAGCCAGAAGAAGGUGGAGGCAGGCGGCGGGGGGUCAGCCGCCGAGGGGACCCCAAAAGGCGAGAAGAAGGAAGGCGGCAGCAAGCCAGGCAAGGGCGCUGGAGCGAACCCUGACAGCGACUCAAGUGCUACCUGCAGCGCUGACGAGAUGGAGGAACAGGACACCGUGGACAAGAACAGGCUGCUGUCCCCCAGGCCCAGCCUCCUGAACACCAGCAGCGAGGCCAGGGCCAACGCCUCACCUCAGAAGCCACUGGACCUCAAACAGCUGAAGCAGAGGGCAGCUGCCAUCCCCCCCAUACAGCAGAUCACCAAAGUCCUCGAAUCCCCCCGGGAGGACGUGACGCCAAGCAAGCCGCCUCAGCCGCAGCACCUGCAGCCGGAUGGUGAGCCCCAGCCCAACAACAGCCCCCGGGGAAAGAGCAGGAGUCCCGCCAGUGGAGAAAAAGACGAAAAGCCCAUGCACUUCCCAGCGUUCCCCGAGGGGCAGAAGCUGAGUGGAGAACAAGCGACCGCCGUCUGCUGGCCACCCGCCCUGCAUUACCCCGUGUCUUCCCGGGACCUCAUCAGAACCUCUCCCCUCGCCGACCCGGCUGUGUUUCCAUACAACCCUCCAGGUCAUCCGAUCCCUUUGACCCUGCAUGAAAGCUCCCGGCCUGGGCUGCAGAGAAUGCCUGGCAUCUCCAACCCGCCCCCUCUCAUCUCGUCCACCAAGCCUCCUGUCGUUCUGGAGAGGCCCUUAGCCUCCAUAGCCCAGGGAGUGCCCAUCCAGCUCCACACUCCCUACUCUGAACACGCUAAAGUUCCUGUUGGCGCCAUCACCAUGGGUCUGCCGUUGACCAUGGAUCCUAAAAAGCUGGUCUCUUUCCCCGGAGUGAAGCAGGAGCAGCUGUCUCCCAGGAGCCAGGCCAACCAACCCGAGAGCUUGGUCAUACAGACAGGACAGGAGACCUCUGUUCUGAGAGGGACGGCUCUGGGCAGCACCCCAGGAGGAAGCAUCACCAAGGGCACUCCCAGUGGCCGCGCUCCCCCGGAAAGCCCUAUCACCUACCGCGGCUCCAUCACUCACGGCACACCCGCUGAUGUGCUGUUCAAAGGAACCGUCUCCAAGCUAAUGGGAGAAGACAGCCCCGGCCAAGCGGAGAAAGUAAGAGAGGACACCUUACCCAAGGGCCACGUCAUCUACGAAGGGAAGAAGGGUCAUGUACUGUCCUACGAUGGAGGGGUGACGGUGGCCCAGUGCACCAAGGAAGACAGCAGGAGUUCCGGAAUCGCCCACGAGGCCUCUGCCACCAAGCGCACUUAUGACAUGAUGGAAGGGAGGCUCAUCCGGGGCCUGUCCGGGCGGGACCUGUCCUCCACCAGCAUUGAAGGUCUCAUGGGCCGAGCCAUCCCAGCAGAGCGCCACAGUCCCCACCACAUCAAGGAGCAGCAUCACAUCCGGGGCUCCAUCACCCAAGGAAUCCCUCGGUCCUAUGUGGAGGCUCACGAGGACUACCUGCGAAGGGAGGCGAAACAGCUCAAGCGUGAAAGCACUCCGCCCCGGGACCUGGUGGACACCUACAAGGUGCGGCCCCUGGAGGGGCUCGCCCCGCUGAAAAUGAAGGCGGGGCACGAGGGCCUGGUAGCCACAGUGAAGGAGGCGGGCCGCUCAAUCCACGAGAUCCCCAGAGAGGAACUGCGUCACACACCUGACCUCUCCAUGACAAGGGCCCUGAAGGAAGGCUCCAUCACACAGGGAACCCCACUGAAGUACGACAGCAGCUCCUCAUCAGGAGGGGCCAAGAAGCAUGAUGUCCGCUCCAUCAUCGGUAGCCCGGGGAGGACGUUCCACCCGGUGCACCCACUGGAUGCCAUGCCAGAUCCCAGGAGCCUAGAACGUGUCUGCUACGAAGAGAGCCUCAAGGGCCGGUCUGGCUCCGUCGCUAGCUCUGGGGGCUCCAUCACCCGGGGCGCGCCUGUGAUCGUCCCAGAGCUGGGGAAGCCCCGCCAGAGCCCCCUAGCCUACGAGGACCACCAGGCGGCUCACGGGGCGGCCUUCAGCGGCCACCUGGCCCGCGGCUCACCAGUGUCCACACGGGAAUCCACACCACGGCAGCAGGAAGGCAGCCUCUCAUCCAGCAAAGGAAGCUCGCAGGAGAGAAAGGUGGGCUCCACACCUCGGGAGAUCGCCAACUCCAAGUCUCCUCACCCGACGGUACCAGACCACCACCACCACCCCAUGUCACCCUACGAACACUUGCUCCGAGGGGUCGGCGGCGUGGACCUGUACCGGGGACACAUUCCAUUGGCUUUUGACCCCACGUCUAUCCCACGGGGGAUUCACCUGGACGCAGCUACUGCCGCUUACUACUUACCUCGCCACUUGGCCCCUAACCCCACCUACCCACACCUGUACCCCCCGUACCUCAUCCGGGGCUAUCCCGACGCCACAGCCAUGGAGAACCGGCAGACCAUCAUCAACGACUACAUCACCUCGCAGCAGAUGCACCACAACGCUGCCGCCGCCACCGCCAUGGCCCAGCGUGCCGACAUGCUCCGCGGCCUCUCCCCCCGUGAGCCCUCCCUGGCGCUCAACUAUGCAGCAGGACCGCGAGGUAUCAUCGACCUGUCCCAAGUGCCCCACUUGCCUGUACUGGUGCCACCGGCUCCAGGCACCCCUGCUGGCUCCAUGGACCGCCUUACCUACAUCCCCGGUGCCCCCCAGCCUUUCAGCAGCCGGCACAGCAGCUCCCCGCUCUCCCCAGGAGGCCCCACUCAUGUGACCAAGCCAGCAGGCCCCUCGUCCUCAGAGCGGGAGCGGGAACGGGAACGUGAGCGGGAGAAAUCCAUGCUGGCUGCAGCCACCACCGUGGAACAUGCCCCCAUCUGGAGGCCAGGUACGGAGCCGAGCAGCACCCGCCCGUCCUCCCAUUCCCACAGCCACCAGCACUCGCCCAUAUCCCCACGGACCCAGGAGAACGUCCAGCAGCGGCCCAGCGUGCUGCACAACACCGGCAUGAAGGGCAUCAUCUCCUCCGUCGAUAGCCUCACCCCAUCCGUCCUGCGAUCGUCCUCCUCCUCCACCACAUCACCAGUCCGGUCCAGCGGGUUUGCGCCCGCUCCCACAUGCCCCCUCGGCGGUCUGGACCCCUACCCUGGCCUGAUCGACCCCGCCAUUCUGCAGAAGGAGGCCUCCCGGGGCCGAGACUCCCGGACGGACAACCACCUGUUUGGCUCCAAGCUGCCAGGACGGUCGGCCCUCGACCGGUCCUCAUCGCCUGGCAAAGCCCCGGAGUCCCGGUCCGCCGCCGCCUCGGGCUCUGGCUCCGCUCACCCGCCUGGCCGAGGACAGGGGAAAGGCCACACGUCCCACCUGCCGGCAGAGCAGCCUCACCUGGCCGGGGCCCAUGACCAGCACAGAGAAAAGAGUCAAAGUAAACCCUUUUCCGUGCAGGAACUGGAGCUCCGAGUACUGGGUUACCACGGUGGCUACAGCCCGGACGGCAUAGAGGCCAUCAGCCCCGUGAACUCCCCCAGCAUCGUCCAUGACAAAGGAGUGAAGCACCUGGAAGGGCUCGACAAGGGCCACGGGGACCCUGACCUCCGAUCAAAGCAACAAGGCCCACUGAAGCUCACUGAAGCCGCUCACCUGCAGCGUCUGCGACCGCUCCCUGAUGGCCAGCAGUCCCCGAGUCAGCCGAUGACAUCCCCCGCCAGUGUCAAAGGUCACCAGCGGGUGGUCACCUUAGCCCAGCACAUCAGCGAGGUGAUCACCCAGGACUACACCCGCCACCACCCACAGCAGCUCAACUCCCACAUCCAGGCCCCACUCUACUCCUUUCCUGGGGCCAGUUGUCCCGUGCUGGACCUUCGCCGGACCCCUGGCGAGGCCUACCUCCCCCCACAGGACCAUGGCUCAGGCCCCCGCCUCUCCCCACACAGCGAAGGAGGCAAAAGGUCUCCGGAGCAGAGCAAAGCUUCCGCAGUGGGCACCGCGGAAGACUGCAUUGAGCCCAUCUCCCCACCAGAGGGCAUGGGGGAGUCCGAACACACCCGAAGUGCCGCCUAUCCGAUGCUCUACCGGGAAGGGGAGCAGGGCGAGCCGAGAAUGGGGUCCAAAUCUCCAGGAAACAACAGCCAGCCUCCUGCCUUCUUCAGCAAGCUGACGGAGAGCACCUCGGCCAUGGUCAAGUCCAAAAAACAAGAGAUCAUUAAGAAACUCAGCACUACCAACCGGAACGAGCCCGAGUACAAUAUCGGCCAGCCUGGGACAGAGAUCUUCAAUAUGCCGGCGAUCACCGGUGCAGGGCUUAUCAGUUGUAGAAGCCAGUCGGUUCAGGAGCACGCCAGUACCAACAUGGGGUUGGAGGCGAUUAUUAGGAAGGCCCUAAUGGGUAAAUAUGAUGAUCAGUGGGAAGACCGCUCACCUCUAAGUGCCAAUGCUUUUAACCCUCUGAAUGCCGGCGCGAGCGUGCCCGCUGCUCUGCCCAUAACCGCUGCUGAGGGACGGAAUGAUCGCCCGCGCGCCUCGCCAGGAGGCGGCGGGAAGCCAAAGAUGGCUGCGAGACCCAACAGUCGAAAGGCCAAGUCCCCCGCACCGGGCCUGUCCUCGGGAGAACGGCCGCCAUCCGUCUCCUCCGUCCACUCAGAAGGCGACUGUAACCGGAGGACGCCGCUGACUAACCGUGUGUGGGAAGACAGGCCAUCCUCUGCAGGUUCUACGCCGUUCCCAUACAACCCCCUCACCAUGAGGCUUCCGACCAGCGUGGUGACGGCCCCCCAGCCUACAGCCCUGCCCCAGGGCGGCUCCACCAGCCAGCACCACACCUGGGAUGAGGAGCCAAAGCCUCUGCUGUGCUCACAGUACGAGACGCUCUCCGAUAGUGAGUGAAGGAGCCUGGGACUGGGGGAGGGGAGGCAGGAGAGGAGAGGAUCACGCGACAGAAGCGGCCACAGUGGAGAGAGCCAGCAGAGCGAGAGUCUGUUUGGGGGGUGCCUCCGCCCGGCCCCUCCUCCCCCGAUGCCCCUGGACCCCUCCGAGCUGGGCGGGAGCCUCGCUACCCCUGCCUGGCCUGCCAGUCUGGAAGGCGUCGCCCUCUUCAGUCUAAAGCCUUAACAACCACCCGCCGCCAUGAAGAGGAGCCCCAGAUGCUGGGAGCCACCCCGCCGCACUUCACUCUGAUUGAUCGGCAGGCACUGACCAUUGGAAGAGACUGGGAAGGAUCCCUCUCGCCCACCCUCUCCCACCUCGCCUCCUUUCUCUCCCCCUCUCCCUCCCGUUCCCGGAAGCCCCACCCCCAGAAAGCUCCAAGAGCUGCAGUUAACCCGGGCCUGGUGACGAUUUGCUCAGCGAUGUCACCUGGUGCUCCGAGGCCCUCCUCCCAUUUGAGGAGGAAAACAGAGAUUGGGGGUGGGUCGCACGGGCACGCCCAGGGGCGCACUGGGCAGGGGCACAGGGAAAGGGACUCCCGCCGCUGUCCAGUCCCUGCUCGCGUGGGCCAGGCCCAGCCAGUCCCCAAAUGGGAGAAACCUGCCCACCUUCCCCUGGCCCGCCUCACUGGCAGGUCGACGGGCAGGUCAGCUGCCCCCUCGAUUUAACUCCUUCCACAGAGGCAGGAAGAAACCGCACCCAUGGAUCCCAGAGGCCCACAAGUAAGCCCCUCUUCCCUGCACCGGUCCUGCUGACCCACUGUCCUCCAGCGCUGCCACCUGAUGGUGCAGCUCCAAGUGGCCCAGAUGGACUGAUGGGGCUGACCCCCGCCACCUUCCCUCUCCUCAGGAUUAAGAGGAGAGUCAUUUGACCACCAGGACCGAACGGGGAAGGCACCAGAGGACCAGCCAACGGGGAGAAGGAAAAGCAGUGGGCAGAGACAGCCUUGAGGUGAAGGUGGAAGAGGGGCCGGGUCCCAGGGCUGCCCAUGGCUGCAGAGGAGGAGAGGAGAGACUGGACUGAUUUUCGUACACCGAAGCCGAAGCAGCGGUGGAAAGGAAAGGCAGAGUUGUAAAUGAUGUAUUGGUCUACAGGGUAUAUUUUUGAUACCUUCAAUGAAUUAUUUCAGAUGUUUUGCGUGAGGAAGGACUAAACAGUAUUAUGUGCUGCUUUCAGUCUCUGCUUGUGUGUGCGGGCUUCGAUGCGCCAUCGGUAGUAUGGAGAAGGAAAGGUAUCAUAUGAUCCUCAAGUCCUUCACCCUCCGCUCAAAUGGAUCAGCUCAGUUAACCAGAGAUUUAUGGCCGCAACAGCAGGGUGCCCUCACGGUUAUGUUUCUUGUUCAUGAUUAAACAAAAGCCAAUCAGUCCAAGUCGACUGUCUGCCUUGAGGAUCUGAAAAUUUUCAAGAGAGCCUGCCGGGCUGGGGGGCGGGGAGGUGGCCGGCAGCCUCGGAAACCCGCGAGCCAUGCAGACCGGUUCUGUUGUAUUUUCUGGCACCCGUGUUGGCUUCUUUUUCCAUUUUUCAUUCCAUGAUGUAAUAGGUGUUGGCUUCUAGCAACAGUUACAUUGUUAAAGAGCGAAUAGGCUUUUCAUCUCAGCUAGUCACUCCAAAAAGGGCGGAAAGAAAAGACCGUGAAUGGUCUGGGUUCUGUCUGCUAGAGAGAAGGGAAGGGAGAGGGGUCGGGGGAGAGAGAGGAGAGAGAACCGAGGUCAGAUUGGCUCCUCCAGUUUUGUCUGCUAGAGAGAGGGAGGCUUGGUGGUUAUGGGGGAAGAGGGAAGGACAGAUGGGCUCCUCCAGGCCUGCUUCCUCGCCUCUGCGUCCUGAGUGGGGAAGGGAACGGAGAGCCGGAAGGUGAUCCUGAUCCUGAUCUAGCAUCUAUCUGAGAAAAGUCACAGCAUCACACCAGGAUCAGUCUUUUUACGACUUUCCUUCAAGGCUAGUUUCCAAGCAACAGAAAGAUGGUGUGUCUAUUACAGGGUACAGUUGCCUUGGUGUUUUUUGUAUCUUCAGGCAUCAUUUCUCUGGCCCAAUUUAUUUUUUUGAAAUCCACCAAAUGUUUCAGAGUCAAAAGCUCCCCUUGCUCUCCCCAAGGCAAAUAUUGGGACAGUUUUUCAUCCAACUUAACCGAAUGGACUGAGUGUUUCACUGGGCCACAGGGAGGUGGAGGAGGACUUCCUGGGGGCAGAUUCUAUCCCAAUCAGGUCAGUGCUCCAGCUGGUACCAGUUCAUGCUGGGAUUAAACACCACGAAGGAGUGCUGGCGCUGAUGGGGGCCACAGGAGCCAAGGCUCCCUCCACCAGCUCUCCCCCCAGGCCCUGCCUCAGGGGCCACAGUCAGUGUCGGCACACACUGUGUGACUGCCCUCCUGACAGGUGGGCCCCUCUGACUCCACCAAUGGUUAUAAGGGGAAGUUGCCCAGGGCCAAUUCCCAAGUAGCUGCUGAGCAGGGAGAGCCACCAAAACUCUCUCCGGGGCCAACCCCAGGUUCGGCAGUAGGAGGAGACAGAACUGGGAUUCUCGUCCCCAAAUAAUCCUGCAUCUGGCUCACAUGAGCAUUUCCUGCUCCACAAGGCCUGGCCUCAAAAACGCCUCUGUCAGUCUUUCAUAGGUGGGCACCCCGCCGUCCUCCCCACCCCCGCACUCACUGUGUCACUCUGUCAGGAAAAACCUUUGGCAACAUCUCCUCUCUGCUGUCUAGGAGAACCCAGCCACCUUUGUUUUGGAGAAGGGGUGAGUUGAUGAGGAAACUCCCCUGUGGACAAAAGCUCUGGCCUUGCCGGGUUGCUGUCCCCCACAGGGCUGGCCAGAGAGGACGGGGCCCUGAAUGAUGCAAGGGGGAAGAGCGGACGGAUGUGCCUCGACAGGGUCAUGCUGGCCUUCCCAGUGGGGGCUCUGUGAAUUGGCAGCAACUUUGCCUUCGUCAUGCUCCUCAGGUCACUUUUUGGAGGGGUGGGGCUCGGCCACCUGCCUUUAUGGGAGAAUGGCCCGCGGCUGGUCUGGCGGUUGGUCCCCAGCAGUGGCUGCAGAUCACUGCUUCACAAUAGCCUUAAUGAAAUAGAAUGUGUUUCAUAGCCGGCCUUGGUUCCCCAGGCAGUCAUCCAUGGACCCGUAGGGAAGAGGAGGGACCCUUGGUCACCGUAUAUGUGUUUUUUGGACCAGGAUGAAGAAAGAGGUCAUGCAUUUGACCCAGACAGCCCUGGGGUGGCAACAAACUGUCCAAGAAGCAGAAUGCCCCAAGCCUCCAGAGGCUGACUUUCUGGUUCUGGUCCCUUCCCCCUGACACAAAGACAUCUUUUAAAUAGCGGCCGGUCGUCGAUGGGGUUUCUGGUGAGUUAUUGGUCUCCUCUACGGGUCUGUGAGCAAAUCAUGGGCAGCAAGGGAGAGAUGGGGACCAUAUCUGCUGAGGAUGACCAGAUGGCCUUAAUCGACCAGGACCUCCUGUCCCCUUGCUGGUGCCAAGUAGACUGUUUCCCUCCACUUGCCCCUCUUCCUUCUUGACCAGCUUGACCUGCCCCAGAAGCCAAAAAUUCUCUCCCUUCAACCCCAGGCAGUGGCACUGAUGACACCCUACUCCUGUCUUUUUCCUCUGCUUCUAGGGGGGCACUCAGAGGCAGAGGGUACAUACACACACACACACACACAUACACACACACGUAUUUCUAUUGUCCUUCGUAUUCAAAGGUACCACUGACGGUGAAGUUCACCUAUGAGUGCAUGUAUGGUGGAGAAGGCCAAUGUGGGACCCUCAGUCCUGGCCGUAAAGUACACACAAAAACGCUGUCCCUUGUUGUGUUGUCAUGUUGAUGUUUGCGGUGCCUGGCGCUGUUUUUUCACUGGCCUACUUGAUUCCCGUUGCUUAUGGAGCUUUGACGCAGAGAGAGCUGCCCCUUUGUUUGUAAAGGUGCGCCGUGCUGGUGUAUCCUCAGCAGGGGCUCUAGUUUUCAGCUGUGAUGCUGCAUUAUCUGAAGCUUUGUUUUAUCGGGUCCUCAAAACGCUUCCUCUGCCCUCCUGGCUUUCAGUUUCCCAAUGUCACCUCUCCAUUCAGCAACUGUUUGGGUAUCCCACUGUCACACCUUCUCCUCACAUGUCCCAUCCAGCAUGAUUGUGCUCAGGUGAGUGUAGCUUCACUGCCAAGAAACUAUGUUGCAGAAGGCAUUCAUUAGCCUCCCAGGUCUCCGUCUGAAUCCUGGCCUCUUCCUUGAGCCCAGCCAUCUGCCCUGGGAGUGGCAAAGGAAAGAAUUCAGGGUGGGAAUUGGGGAGGUUCCUGGCAAUCUGGUCGGGUAGAGUUCUUUGGAAGUCAGCAGGUUUUCUUCUGAGAACAAGACUGCCUUUUAACAGACAUACAGCCCCCAUGGUUACCAACCAGGAAUCAGCCUGGACCAAAGCGAGGCCUCAGGCUUGGUUCUCCUCACUGCCUCUGCAGGGUACCUCAGGGACCUUCUCAUCAGCUGGUGCACGCGAUGGUGUAAGCUCAAAGAGAGCAGCUGGUGGGAGGUCACCGAUUCCUGCCACAAAGGCAUUCCCGGGGCUUUAGAAGACGGUGACCGUUGGAGAGUAAGCUGUGCCUCAUGACUCCUGGGAGAGUGAGGAACAGGUUGUGCUUUGUCUGUCUGCGGGAAACCCCCUUCCUUUUGUUCCUCUUUCCCACCCAUUCCACAGUGAGGGUGUUCUCUGUGUACACAGUCUCACUCUGCUGAGUAUCAGAACAUCCCGUAGAAUUGGGGGCCCUGGGAAAGUGGCCCACCCAGAGCAGAUGAAGAAGCAUCCAGCUAAGGUGACCCAGUCUCCCUGCCCCUCCACCUCCCUGGCUUUCUUAUGUCCAUGGGCAGUGUUGGCCUGGAAGGGGGAUUAGGGUUGGAGGGUGGGAUAUCUUGCAUUUUUUUCCCCUCAUCUCAGGCAGACCAGGAGAAUAUGGUCAGUCAGGGAUGCGGUGAGUGCAGGGACAUAGAGUGAGGAAGUAAUGAUGUGGUACUGGAAUUGGGCUGACUGUUUGUAAUUGCCAAGACCUAAAUAGAAACAGACGUAUGAGCCCCAGGGGCUCUGGUAGUACCCCAGACGCCAUCCCUCUAUCCAACCUAAGGACAAAACUCACCUUCCUGGGUGGCUUGAGUGCCCUGAGGCCUAAAGGGAUGGCUUUUUAAAGAACAAAACAUGAUCGGCAGUGUUUUGAGCUGCAGGCUCUUAGAGAGACAUGUGUACCCCGGGGACCCCGGCCUGCUUAAUGCAGAAGUGAUGUUCCCUUCCUAUUCCUUAGGCCUGGGAGAGCUGUGCUAUCGGAGAGCCCAGAGCAGAGCAACCAUUGCCCUGAGGUGGCCCAAGCCGCAGGGCUAGCCCUUCAGGUCUUUGAGACCCUGCCCUGUGACCCAGCAGCCAACUCCAGGAGGACAUGUUGGCCGGUCUCUCACAGCCCUGAAGAUGGUGCCCGUCCCACUGACCUGCCAGUGGCAAAGGUCAGCGGGUUUAUCGGGCCAGGCUGCUCCCUGCCAAGCUUCUGGUGUUUUUGAGUGGAAGAGCUUGGCCUUUUCCCCAGUGCCUAUUAGAAGAAUGGGUUUCCCCAAAGGAAAUCAGACCCUGAGCUCCCUGUAUCCUUGUCUCUGUCUGUGUGUUGAGCAGUGAUCGGCCUCCCCGGAGGACCCCAUCUAGUGGACAGGUUGUCCCGUUUAAAUCAGACCCAUGUGACUGGCAGUGGGGGCGGUCUUUGGCGGAGUCUCCAGUCGGCCUAGCUGAAUCUUGUCUGUGCUACCCUGGGCCGGCCCAGCUAGCCAGCCAGGCUUAAUUCACAGUCAGGUCUGGCCUAAAGCCUGGCGGACGUGGGUCUUCUAGCUCUGCCGGAGGAGGGCCGCCAGCUUUCUGGCCCAACCCCCCUGCUCUGGUGGGUCGCAGGGGGGACUCCCUGGGCUCCCAUGUCGGGGGAGCCCCGAGUCCCCUCCGGGUGACUGGGAAGAGGAGGAGCCCCAUUCUUCAUGCUGCAUCACCUGCCUGCCCAUCACCAGUGACCUUUAUGUCUGUGCACUCCCUGCUAUGAUUUCUUAUUGAUCGUGCAAUCGACAUGGAAGUUAUGUCAAACUAUUAAAAGAAGUUAGAAGUUCGUGUUCCCAACUUUGUAAUUUGUACAAAUGCAAACAAACGGAGAUACGAGACAAUUUAUUAUCUGAACUGUACAAGGGGGGAAAAAAAUCUAUCUUUUGUACAACCAAAUUGUGCAUAGCUGUUUAGAAGCGAGUUGUAUGAUAGAAUGGACUGUACAUAGAACCAAUGAGUUGUAAAUAUUUAUGCGGCUUGCUCUGAAGGGUUUGUUUUCUUCUACUGAAGGUGAAGUUUUUGUUCACUGUUAAUUUGGGCCCACCUGGCCACCAGCACGCGCUCUAGGCUGCAGUGUGCAAGCACUGCCUUACUGUUUAAAUAAAAAAAGCUUUUGGCCAGGAAA